CGUCGCAUGUGCGCCGUACCGCGACGCCAGCGAACACGACGGAUAAUUAUUACUACUAUCGCCGCCACCGUAGUCCGGACGAUUGCCGCAGCACGCGCGCGCCUCCUCGCCGGCCGGUACCCGUCGUACACCGUCGAUCGCCGUCGCCGGACGCGCGCACGCGCAUACACGGCCGCCGCCGCGAUUCGGACCCGAGCGAAAGGGUCCGUCCGACCGGCGAACACUCUUCAGUCGUUGGACUACACGCAACUCUUCCGGGUGUAGAGUGAAUCGGAACUGCUCUCCGAGCACUCUUCUUCGCGUGCAACGCCGCCGCGGACAUCAUAUUAUUGUACUAACUGAUUUUUUUUUUUUUAUUAUUCGCGGCCAUCGUUUAUUUUUUUUUGAUACGACUAUAUUAUUAUUUUUCGUACAGUGCGUUUUCGCGUUUUCUGCGAUUUGUUUUGUGAAUAAAAUUUUUGUGUUCGCAUUUUGAUCUCGUCAAAAACUUUUUCGAUGAGAUAAAAAAAAAAAAAAAAUUAAAAAAAAAAUUAAAAUUGAAAAAUUAAUAAGACUUAAGAUCCGAAACAUUGCGAUUCGUCUCCAGAAAAAAAGAAGAAAAAAACCGGAUCAGACAUGGCCAUACCGUUCGAUCCGCCGUCGCCCAAUCCCGACACAGCGAGGGAUCAUUAUUUGCAAAUUCAAAAUCUGCUCAAAGAAUUGUUGACAUUGCUCAGGCGAAUGCCCUCUUGGAUGAUCGGUGAUCAACAUAACUAUCCGUACACUAACAUCAACAUAUCUACUCAGACUCCGUCGCCGUAUUCGGCAGAAGAGAGUAAUCGUCUUUGGGUACAGCAACAGCAGCAUUCGAUGCGCUUGUUCCACCGCCGACGUUUACGUGAACGCCAACAGGAGCGACGCGAGCAACAACAAGAACUCGAGCGGCAGCAACAGAGCGAUCAACAGCAACAACUGUUGUUGCCCGACUUGGUGUCGUCAUGCGGACCGACGUCGCGUCAACCGCCGCCGCCACCUCCGCCGCCGCAGCAAUCGGUACAGCGACAGUCCGCGGUCGACGACGACAAAUUUUUGGGCGCCGUCAAGCUGCAGGUGGCCUUGUGUCCGACUUGCUAUUACGGCAAAGAGCGCAAGCUGAAGGUGAUCGCCAUCGCCAAGUUGGACGAGAACGGCAAGCCGAUCCGCUGGAACACCAACCGCGACGACGAAGAAUUGUUAAUUGUCGAGAAUCAGAGUACAAAAGUAAAACGGCGAAUCAUGUCGCUGCUUCAUCCAUCGAAAAUUGAAUCGUCCGUACUCACCGCCAUGUUCGUAAUCAUCGGCUGGAAAAUGUUCAUCAAACAAUAAUAUAGUUUUGUUUUUAGAAUUAGAGAGAGAGAGAUAGCGAAAAAUACAAUUUUUUUCCACACCUAUAUAGAAAAGACUCCAAAACCAGGUUCCAGUCACGGUUUUAGUGACUAAAACAAAUUUUAAUUUUAAUGUUAAUCAAAUUGACCGUUGAUCUCAAUUUACUAAAAUGUGAGAUGUUCGUAACCGUAGCCAAAUGUAGUAUUAACUUAUACUAUAUUAUAAUAAACUAUUAUUAUUUAUACUAUUAUCCAAUAUAAUCGUCGACUUGAACGCGCGUGUAGAUGAACUCAUUUGCAGUUGCUGCUGCUAAUUAUACGUACGAGUUUCAUGUCGAUUAUUAUUAUUAUUAUUAUUAUUAUUUUGCUUAAUAUUAACAUUAUCGUAUAAGUAUGUACCUAUUUUUUUAAUUUUUUUUUUUUUUUUGUAAUAUUAAUCUCUAUUUCUAUGCUUCAUCUGUUGUAUUUUAAUGUCGUUUCACAUGGGAAUUCUGCGGUUUCAGUCCCAGACCUAUUCACAUUUUGAUCUCGUUUUUAUAAAACUAUAGCUUCAGAACGGCAUUACCGUGGUGGUGAGAUUUCCUCUAGCUCCCACGGUUUUGAAUUAGUACGAACUGCUAUAUUGUAUUAAUUUUUAUAUUUUUUGCUCACUGUAAAUAAGCGUUUUUAUCUUUUUAUUUGUACACACACACACACUCGCGCUGCGUCAUAAUUAUUAUUAAUUUAUUUUUCGAAUUUCGUCCGUUCGCUACGGACGCCGUAAAUUCUAUUAUUACACAGCUAAAGAAAAAAAUCGAAUUCUCUGUGGACGUUUUUCUCUUGUUUCUAUUCGUUUUACUAAUAAUAAUUAUUGUAUAGGUCAUAAUACGACGUGGUAUAGUAUACCAGCUGGUAUAUUACAUUACCGAACGCUGAGAUCCAGUUCUAAUAUAUGUAUACAUCAAAAUAAAAACGACGACUAUACAUUACAAUAUAAUUCAUACUUUGUGCGUCGAGAAAUCAUUAAAUAAAAUACCGAUAUUAUGAUCGCUUUGUAAAUAAAUUAAUCUUAACAUAUUAUCAUAAGCUUGUUGCAUGCAGCGAGAUAUUAACUUCCUAUAUAUAUUAUAAAUAUAUGAUAUGUAUAGAAUGUAUUUUUUGAUUUUCUUAUUUUUUACAUUUUUUAUUAUUUUGAAAAGCAUUUCUGUGGUGUUAAAUAAAACUUGGACGUCGUUGGGGCUUUUCACGUGCUUCGAGCUUAAACCAUUCUUUGCGAAUUUCCUCCCGGCGACGAUCCUCGUUUCGCCCAUCAAAGCGUUUCUGUGAUAAUGCCAUUAUUUUUUUUUUAUCUAUUGAAUUAUAUAUUUAUCUAAUAAAUCUAUGGCAUUUCUUGUGUUUUCUACGGUUCCUCAUAAAGAAUCGUAAUUUAUAUAUAUUAUGUACUUUGUAAAUUAUUAAUUGUAUUGAUAAGGUUUUUUUAAAUUAUUAUUAUUAUUAAUAGGUUGAUCUCUUUUUCGUAGUACUUAAGUAGAUAGUGUUCUUAGCUAUUAGUUUAAUAUUAGUAUUAAUUAGUAGAUAAUAUUAUUACACUUUAGAUUUAAUGAUGUUGAUGUUGAAUAUUGUUAAUAUGGUCAUCUCUCUCUUCUGUUCACUAAAUAAAAAUUAAAAAAAUAUUAUUAUGAAAUGUACCUACUUGCGUUGCAAGAGAUUAUCUUGAUGUUCAUGAUUGAAAAAAAAAAUUGUAAAAACU